GACGAUCACGUGACAGAUCGAGGAGCGAAAGUCCGCAACAGGUUGCGCGUUGACAAACACGUGAAUUUCCUCGAGGAUUAAAUAUGACAGAGUCGCCAGUUUUAUUAAGCAGAGAUGAAGUCGCACGUUUACUUAGCGUUGAGGAUCUGAUUCCCAAACUGGAAUCCGCAAUGGGAAAGUUUUCCAAACGGGACAGUUCAGAAAUCAUUCAGCCUGUGAGAUCUGUAGUGCCCAUACAGAAACACAAUGGGUUUUUGGGUUUAAUGCCUGCUUAUAUGGCCGCUGAGGGUAUUUUAUGCACUAAAAUGGUGGCUUUUUACCAACGUGAAGAGGGCUGCAGUUUACCGUCAACUCAAGCCACCGUGUUACUGUUUGAUCCCGAACAAGGUCACGUGACUGCGAUCAUGAAUGGGGAGGCCAUCACAGCCACACGAACAGCAGCAGUGUCUGCUAUAUCUGCUAAACUGUUAAAACCAGCUACGUCAGAGGUGUUGUGCAUCCUCGGUUCAGGACAACAAGCUAGAAGCCAUUAUGAUGUUUUUACAAAAGUCUUCAAGUUCAAAGAGGUCCGUGUGUGGAGCAGAAGAAGAGAAACAGCUCAGAGGUUUGCAGAUGACCUCCAAGAUCCUAUUAGAGUUUGUUCUUCUGUGAAAGAGGCGGUGACGGGAGCUGAUGUUAUAGUCACUGCCACAGGUGCGAGUGAGCCGAUACUCUUCGGUGAAUGGGUCAAAUCAGGUGCACACAUAGCAGCGGUUGGCGCCUGUCGUCCAGACUGGAGGGAAUUAGACGAUGUGUUGAUGAGAGAUGCUGUGGUGUAUGUGGACAGCAGAGAGGGAGCUAAUGCAGAGUCAGGAGACAUCGUCCUGUCUGGUGCUCAGGUUUUCGCAGAGCUUGGAGAGGUUAUAAAUGGAUCCUGUCCUGCCCAGCGUGAGAAGACCACAGUAUUCAAGUCACUGGGUAUGGGAUUACAGGAUGCCGUCUCGGCCAAACUGGUGUUCGACAAGUGGAAAAGUCAACCGUGAAGAACCAAAAUGUGCAUCUUCUCUUCCACAACUCCAAAAUGUUUUUACCCUUUGAGCCCAUCAAUGAUUGACAGCUUAACAGAAUGUGCUUGGCUGUUACAUAUUCUGUUAAUGCUUAAGAAUUACAAAUCAAUGAAUCAAUAUUACAUAACUUUGUAUUAUGCUUCAUGUGAUUUGUGGUAUAUUUAACACCGUGUCCUAACUCAGGGGUUUUCAAACUGGGGUCCAGGGUCCCCAGAAAAUUUCAAGAGUAAAAGACAAAUCAAAAAAAUCUCAUACACAUUUAAAGGAAAACAUUUAUACCAACUUUUUUUCCAAUGCAUGCGCCCAAAUACGAAAUGCUGUAAACCAAGUGCUCUUCCGCCAUAGAAUAUAUUUCUCAUUUUUUAUCAGCAUUAAAAAAAAAUUGCCACGUUUUAUUUUGUGCCACCAUACUUACUCGUGUAACUACUCAUGUAACAGUCUUUACAACAUGGAAGUGUUUGGUGUCUUCUAAAUUCAUCCCUGUUUGGAUCCUAAGGAUUGAAUGGGGCUGGGCUAAAUUAUUCACGACACGCUGUACAAAGAUUAAGUGCACGCAUUAAAAAAAAAAAAGAUAGGUAUGUAUUAAUUCGUCUAAGUUGGGGUAAAAACAUAGUAAAAUAUAAAAAAUGGUGGUGUCUUCCUUUAAGUUACGCCACAAUUACUAUUUAAAGAGUUUAAAUGUUUAAAUGAGUUUAAAAUAUGGAUAUAUCAUUUAGGAAAGAGGUCCCUUGAUAAAGGUUUAUCAUCCCUGCCAUCAUAAAUGUCUUAAGCAGCCAUGACUACAUCAAAUGAUGAACUACAUACUGUAACAUACCCACAAUAUAAACUCACUGAUCCCAAAUUCAGCUUCAUAUUAAACACAUCCUGAUUGCAUUGCAUCACU